GAGCCAUGUUGGUCAUGGGGUGGGGGGGUUUGUUGCACAUACUUCACCACGCUGGUUAGUGCGGAUAGGUCAACCUGGAUCGCAGGCUGUUCUCUAGCAAGGGGUGACGUACCGAUUCGGUCUGUGAGCAUUCCAAAUUAAAUACUUGACCACACGACGCUCGUAACUCUCGUAACAAUGAUUAAUUGUUGACGAAACUUUAGCAUAAAGUUGUGUUUCUAUAAGGUUCUUGCCCUCUUGUAAACCGGACAAAUUGAUGAAAGUGUUCCCCAAAACUUGGAGACAUACUCCUUGGGAAAAAAAGGAUAUUUGCAAAUAUUCUAAAAUAAUUAUUGCUAUCCAUUGGCUUCUGUAGAGCGAAUUCAAAAUAAAAUACUUACCCGGGCACGUGUUGCAAAGCAUUACAUAAUACAUGCACAUCACGAUUUUUUUCACUGUACGAAUAAUUUCAACAACAGUUUUUUAGGGAUUUUUUUUAUAAACACCACUAACGGGCAUUGGUCUUUUUAGUGUCGCCUCCCAGUGGGUUCGUAGCGCAGCUCCCCCAUCACCACCACAACCACCACUAUCGUCACCAGGACCUUCAAGAUCACAAUAACGAUCAUCACCACCACCGGCCACUAUGAACACCACCACCACUUAGCGUACUGUUGACCCCCCCCCCCCACACACCUCAACGGCCCAGACAGAGGGAGGGUCUCACUGACAGUCGCCUAAAACCAGUGACAGCUGUCCAGACGGGGAGCUCAGGAGCAGGAGGAGGAGCAGUUAUAAUAAUAAGACGGCGAGCAGGCAGACGUGCGCACAGAGAAUCGGCGGGGGGCGGUAGCUGUAGCGGCGGCAGUGGCGGUGGCUGCGUUGGGGACCACGUGCUGCUGCGCAGAGAGUUUGCGUCGCUCGCGUGAGACCCCCCACACAUGGGCUCCGUGCACGGCGCUGCGAGACGCGAGUGCCAUGUGGGAUCGUCAUCCAACCAGAGCCACGUCUUCGUGAUGUUCGGCGCCACGGGUGAUCUGGCCAAGAAGAAAAUUUAUCCGACACUCUGGUGGCUGUUCAGGGAUGGGCUGCUGCCGAACGACACGUACGUCAUCGGGUACGCGCGCUCCGCCAUCACCAUGAAGGACAUCCGUGAGCGCUGCCUGCCCUUCCUGAAGGUGCGAGCGGGCGAGGAGGAAGCCCUGGAGAAGUUCUUCUCCCGCAACAUCUACGUGUCGGGCCAGUACGACGUGCGGCAGCCGUUCGAGAAGCUCGCCGCCCAGCUGGACACGCUCGCCCACGGCCGCCUCUCUAACCGCCUCUUCUACCUCGCGCUGCCGCCCAGCGUCUUCGAGUCCGUCACAUCCAACGUGCGCUCCACCUGCAUGAGCACCACCGGCUGGAACCGGGUGAUCGUGGAGAAGCCGUUUGGGCGCGACCUGCGGAGCUCUGACAAGCUGUCGCAACACCUGGCGCAGCUGUUCUCCGAGGAGCAGAUCUACCGCAUCGACCACUACCUGGGCAAGGAGAUGGUGCAGAACCUCAUGGUGCUCAGGUUUGGGAACCGGAUCUUCGGUCCUAUUUGGAACCGAGACAACAUCGCGUCGGUGGUGAUCACCUUCAAGGAGCCGUUCGGCACAGAGGGGCGUGGUGGAUAUUUCGACGAGUUCGGCAUCAUCAGGGACGUGAUGCAGAACCACCUGCUGCAGAUGCUGUGCCUUGUGGCCAUGGAGAAACCGACAUCCACGAGCUCGGACGACGUUCGCAACGAGAAGGUGAAGGUGCUCAAGUGCGUGCCGGAGAUCUUGCUGGAGGACGUGGUGCUGGGUCAGUACGUGGCGCGGCCUGGCGGCACGGGUCCCGGCGAAGAGGGCGGCUACUUGGACGACCCCACUGUGCCCGCGGGGUCCGUCACCCCCACCUUCGCCUCCGUGGUGCUCUACGUGCAGAACGAGCGGUGGGACGGCGUUCCGUUCGUCCUGCGCUGCGGCAAGGCUCUGAACGAGCGCAAGGCCGAGAUGCGGCUGCAGUUCCGCGACGCGCCGGGCGACAUCUUCCAGCGGCAGUGCAAGCGCAACGAGCUGGUGAUCCGCGUGCAGCCCAACGAAGCAGUCUACAUGAAGAUGAUGACCAAGAAGCCCGGCAUGCACUUUGCUCCCGACGAGUCAGAGCUUGACCUCACCUACAGCAGCCGCUACCGCGACGUGAAACUGCCCGAUGCUUACGAGCGCCUCAUCCUAGACGUGUUCUGCGGGAGUCAGAUCCACUUUGUGCGCAGUGACGAGCUGAAAGAAGCGUGGAGGAUAUUCACUCCUCUGCUGGACAAGAUUGAGAAGGAGAAGAUCAAACCCAUUCCUUAUGACUACGGCAGCCGUGGACCCAAGGAGGCGGACGAGCUGCUAAGCAGAGUGGGGUUUCGCUACGAGGGAACCUACAAGUGGGUCAGUCCUCACAAGCUCUGAGCUCGGCCCACUCCCCUGCGAGGGCCUUCAGCCCCAACACCCCGGAAACCGUUUUCUAAACAACGUCGUCACCUUUUUUCCUACAAAGAAAAAAGUAGUCUGCUUCCUCGCUCUCGUCUUUAAUUUAGUGUCGUCUCUCCAAUCUCUUUCCCAGCUGCCCGUGGCUGAAGCUGCUCGAUUGAUUUGUUUUCUAUUUUUGCUACCUUUAGUUUUAACUUUGGAGAAAAUGGACGUGCCGGUGAUGGGGGGGGGGUGUUAUUUGUUUGCUAGCGCAGGGGCACUUGUACGAAUGUAAGUACGCGUGUAUCGUAAACAGGGGGGUGGAGGGGAUGGGGAGUGGGUAGAGGGUGUGGUGAUGGUAAGCGCAAGCGAGUGUAGUUGUUUUCGUGAGGCGAGGAAUUCGAGUUUACACACGCACACACAGGGUGUCGUGCAUACGUGCGAUGCACGAGACUCGGUUUUGUUGGAUGCGAGCCGUCCUCCACAUUGGAGGACAAAGAAGGCGGCACCCUUCCCGCCCACGGUUUUUGAUCCAGAAUCUCUCCACGUGCUGGGUAUAGUGACCCUGGGUGGAGGAGGGGGUUGGGGCCUGGGGGUGUCCUUCAGUGAGCCCGGAUUCACCGCUUUUCCACCGGCACAUCCGAGCCAAGGCAGCGUGUAGGCCCCCUCGCGAGUACGUCUUGCCAUUGGUUUUCCGUCGGCUGUUGAGCCGAGCCAGAAGCAAACGAUGAAACUCGGGCCUUGCAGGACGAUCUGAAUCUGGCUUUGGGCCAAAGCAGGAGCCAGAGGGCCCCGGUGGUUUUUUUUUUUGUUGCGUCUUGACUCGUCCGUCACGUGUCACGUCAUUGGCACGGCUCGGCUUCUGCAGUGGAAAAAAACACCUGGCGCCUCCUGAGCCGCCAGACCAGGCUGGCUCGGUUGUACGGUUGGCUGUAUAGGAGCACUGAGUCAGCAUCAAUUAGCAUUCUGGAUUCGAGGCCUGUGGUUUAAUUAUUUGAGACUAUUAUCAUCAGGGCUUCAGGCCUAAUUGCCGUAGAUGUUGUAUUUACCUUGUUUUAAGGCUUGCUGUAUUGCUCGUUUACUGGACAUCUGUGAAAAGAGCUUUAUUGCUCAUCGGAUUCCUCCAGUAUAAUUAAAUAUUCUGAUUCUGAAUGCACUUCUUCCGGGAGCUGAAAUCGGAAAUGCACAUUUGCAGCUCUGCACUUCUGCACUUAUUUCGAGCAGCUGGAAUUGUUUCAGUGUUUUAAACGAUUCGUAGUAGUUGUGGCAAUUCGAAUUUUUAAAACUAUCUUAUGGGUACUGCUGGGUGGCUAAAAGUGGGGACAAUGUCUAAGCACUAAUUUGGCGCUGCUGAGAUCCUGCAGUUUUCAGCCGUUUGUUGUUAAACCGGAUUGUCAGCUGUAGCGUUGAUGCCUGUUGACUGCACAAACAUAUCUCAAUGCCUUUUUUUAAGUGGCUGGGAGUUUAUGUGCGUGUUUUUCAAUGCCAGGCAGUACUUUUGAUGCAAUACUGCCUGGCGCUGAAUUCAAAUACAUGUUGCUUGCGUGUACAUUACGAUGAAACAACGCAAUCGAUUAGACUAACUUCAACGUGACUACGCUCUGUUGGGUAACGUGGUUUUGCCCAACUGCUCGAUUUUUCUUACCAUUCUUGUUUGUCCAUGACGGACGGCGCGUGACGUCACGACACAAAAGCCAUUUCCCUUUGGCGCGUGACGUCACGACACAAAAGCCAUUUCCCUUUGGAGCUCUCCGGCGUGAGGAGUGAAUCCGAUCGCCUCGUGUCAGAGAACCACCCCGAAAGAUAAGAUUUCAGAACCGACUUCUGAAGCCACUUCAAAAAGCCUUGCUCUCCCCCCCCCACCACUCGGAGGGGAGGCUGUGACUCUUUAUACACCCGGCAGCAACAACAGCAGCAACAUGUUCAUCACGUGGCAGUCGGACGACAAUAAUGAAUUCGCGCAGCCUGACGACUGAAAUGAACCAAGUGCAGGUGAUGAUUAUAAUUAUCAUCAUUGGUGACCAGGCUGACACCAUCAUCUGAUUCCCCUUGAGAAAUCCAGUUUAAUCACGGGUGGCUUAAAUCUGGAUUUCAAUCCAGGAUCUCGCUCGUGCUGGCUUAGCGUAGUGUGUCUUGACAUGGCAUUAGCACCCUCCCCCCCGCCAACACCCACCCCCGAGUCACGUGGCCCUCUUAGAAGUUACAUCUGAAUGUCUUAAAGCACUUGUAGGCGCAAAGUAAAAUUGAAGCACGGCGUGCCCUCUCAAACACUUUGUACAAUCAUUCGGCAAUGAAUCUUUAAUGGUUCGUGAUGACAUUCCACAUCGACCGCUUGCCUAAGAAUAUGUUUUACAAGUGGCUGAACAUGCUAGAACAAAAAUAAAAAGUGUUAUUUUCAUGCGCUUACA